AUGGUGUCAAAGUCCAAGCGAUGUGCUGCCGAAGCAGCAAAAAAGGCGAUUGCACGCAUGCUCCACGUGGUGAAUAACCACGUGCGACAGAUACAUCCGCUGUGUCUGCAGAAGGAUGCUGCGAUUCUCAUUGUGGAUGAGACUGAAAUAGAGCUCAUCCAUUCUGGCGAGUCGGAUGAUCCAUCCGACUCGAAAGCGACACCUCACGCCUCUGGACCAUCCGGGGCGGACACUGCAAGAGCCAGGUUUACUGACUCUGGGGAACGUGGCAGUAUCAUGUCCUAG